AUUUCCACAGCUGCUUUGUAGACGAUCAGAGUCUGCUGUUUAUUCUUUCCUCAGUUACAUCAUUCAGUCUCAUUCAGUCAGAGGGCUCCCUGGGAGGGCCUGUCAUGAGAAAAACACACUGAAUCUCAGAGGGAUUACAUGAGAAUGGCUCCUUGAUGGGUUGCGUGGACUCUACAGUGUAAUUGGGUUGGGCUUCGUUCCCUCCUUGAUAAACCUCCAAAGAACAAAGCAUCCAACAUCACAAGCUUCAGGGACUCACUCUGUGAAGAUGGACGCAGAAGAGUUGAUUGAAUCCAUCAUCAGAGCCUUCAUGUUUCUGGCAGGAGUCCUUGGAAACAACUGGCUGGCAAUAAGCUCCCUACCUGGGCAGAAAUCUGGCAUCCGCACCAACGAGGUCCUCUUCAUCAACCUGGCUGCCUCAAACCUCAUCACCAACUACCUGGUGGACCUGCCUGACACCAUUGCAGACUUUGCUGGACGCUGGAUUCUUGGGGAAACGUUCUGUGGCGUGUUUCGUUUUUGCGCUGACCUCUCAGAAACCAGCAGCAUCUACACAACAUUCUUCAUCAGCAUUUUCUGGCACCAGAAGCUUGUCAGAUCCCUAAAACGAGGCGGUGCUCCAGUACAGCUGGACAGCCUUCGCUUGAUUGGAUGUCUCCUGGCUGGGAGCUGGACUGUGGCUGUGGUCUUUGGCAUUCCACACUUCUUCUUUGUUACCGUCAAGGCAACAAAUGACAGCCAUGAAGACUGUGUAGACCUCUACCCAAAUGCCAUCGCCAGUCAGAUUUAUGAUAUCUUUUAUCUGACACUGGCGAAUGCUCUUCCUAUGGCUGGGAUUGUGUUUGUCAGUAUCCAGAUUGUCAUAACUCUGCUUCGAAACCAGCGACGCAUUAAGAGUCACAACUCUGACGCUGCCAAGGAGAUGGAUAAGGAGGAGAAGAAGAGCCCUGAUCAUAAGAAUAUUGACCUAUCAGUUGGCACUGCUUCUGGUCCAAGCACCUCAAAAGACCCUAAAGAAUCCGCAUCUCUGACCAGCAUCUAUACAGGACAAAGCUCCAAGAGCUCCCCCCUCAGCAGGGCACCAAUCGUUGGCAGCAUAGCUGAAGCUCCACCAGCUCUUUCAAAGCCAAGCCAGAUGCCGGCUAAACCCAGUUCAAGCUCAACCUCUCAGGUGAGGGCAGCCAAGAGUGUGGUGGCGGUAGCCAGCGUGUUCUUGGUCUGCUGGCUGACUCAUAUACUUCUGCGCAUCACCAACAACAUCCACACCUCGUCAUUAGUGGUGGAGGUGGCCAGUUAUGUUGCAGCCUCCUACACCUGCAUUAUUCCAUAUAUAUUCCUGCACGGAGUGAAAAAGCUGUCUUGCUCAUGCAAACGGUAGAGUUAUGUAAAACACAUGCUUUUACUCUUGGACUCCAUAUCUGCUCAAAGACAGACCUUGUGGUUGUGAACCACAUUGUACUGUUUUCCUUUACUUUUUGUCUCUCUGUUGUCUGCUCUUCAUUCUUCAUCCCAAGUUCCUCCUCUACCUGUUUAAUUGUCAAAUAUGGCCCGUGUGUACGUAAAAGCUUACAAAAGUUACUUCUGCAUAAACUGCACAAACGGCUUAAUCCAAAACUCCUGUCCAUAAAGUUAGUUCAUUUUUCUUUGGUACUUCUUCAGAGCUGAACUAGUAAGUUGUAUUAUAGGUUAGUUGAUC